UCCACAUAUCAAAAUGCUCCAACGGCCGGAGACAUCAGAUCUCUAAACCUUUCCCUGAUAUCUCAUUCUACACGAGACGAUAAUCGUCUCGCUACCUCCCAGUCCCUGAUCAUGUGAUCGACGGGAGAAGAUCCAGAGGCGGGAUCCGAUGGAUAGAUAGAAAGCUCGGACCGACGAAGGAGAGAGCUGAUCGCGGCUGCGGGAUGACGAUGUCGGAGAUGGAACAGCUGAUUCAUAGAUACGAAUGGUCGACCGACACCUGUCCCCGGUGAUUCUCUGAUUCCAAAAGAGAGAAAGGUGGGAGAGCACCACGAUCGGGUCCCUCUGCUUCCGGUACUGCAAAAAAUUCGUCCUCUCUCGAAAUCUUCCAUUCUGGUGGUGGUUGAUUUUUUUCUUCACCUCUUCUUCUUCUACUACUACUUCUAUCGUCCCUUCUCGAUUUACAACUUUGCUGGAAGAUGUAACCGCACUCGCAUCUCUCACUAUAUUUGGUGUGAAAGAAGGAAGUGGUGAGAAGCCACAGGUUGGGAUUUCUUCUUCUCACUUCGCUCCUCUCUCUCUCUCUCUCUCUCUCUCUCUCUACUACUUUACCCAUGGCCAUCAUCGUCUGCUACCUCCAACCAGCAUGGUGACACUUUACCGAUUGAGUCAUCCUUAGCUUACUUAUAAUAGAGGCAGCGAUGGAUGCCCUCAGGCGCAGGUAACUCAGAUCGGAAAAAAGGUACUGGGUUUUCCUGUGAUCUUUUCCUGCCCUUUCUUUUGUUGGGUUCAUUCCCUCCUCCUCGCCCCUCUUUUUUUCACUUAGGACACCGGGUUCCAAUUUCGCCCGACAAACUAGAUGGAUUGCUGUGCCCAUGUGAUUGGAUCUGACCCUUCUCUUCUUUCUCCGCUUUUCUUCUUCUGUCUGCCGUAUUCAGAGUGCCUUGGGUGAAGGGGAAUUACCACUUCUAGACUAGUCCCUCGUCUUCCUCUCAUCGGAUACCUCGGAACUUUCUUUUGCCGUUCAAGGUUCGAGUUCCAGAUCUGGGACGGUAGCUGCACACCGUCGCCAGACUCUUUUUUAGGACGCAACACGGUGAACCCGUGAGCUGCCGCCAGAGAAGCCUUCGAGCGUGAUCUAGAGGCCCCGGUAGGUUUUCUUUAGACGUCCAUAACACGUGUGACUUCUGAGGCCUGCUCAUAAUAACUUUUACGACGACCGCUGCUCGGGCCGUGGAGUUGAUGGAGGACAUGCCUCCGGCGGUGACAUUGUCAUUCCGGACAGGCAAUUCACCCUGUGACAACUCGAUCGAGAUAGCUUGCCUGAAGCUGAUCACAGAGACCGUAGGCCUGCUGUCAGAUCCAGCGGAUGCUGCUCCCACGGGUUUGCUACCUGCAGUCAAGGAUUCUGAGGAGAUGGUCAUGGAGGAGGGAGAGAAUGGGAAUGAUCUCGAGGUCCGCACGACGGUACGUGGUUUCAGUAAGGAUUCCAUCUCCACAGGGUGCGAAUUUUUGGCAGGAAGCGCUUGUGCAGUCGUUAGCAGCACCGCAAUCAGCAGCACAAGUAUCAACAGCCCACCUGAUGAGUUGCUGGACAUGGAUCUGCCUUCUGAGACAGGCACACCAACUUCCAUGGAAGUCGAGAAGAAUGGUUAGAUCUUAAACGGGCCUGCUUUUGUAGAGUUUGGUGAUAAUGCACUGACAGCCAGCAUGGUCGAUGCUGACGUUAUAAGACCUGCAACAUCCAUUGUUGAGCCGAUGAUUCGGCAAGGCCAGCAAAGUCAGGCAACUGGCAGUGGCAAGCGGAGUGUGUUCUUGUUGGAUUAUGUGCCCCUUUGGGGGAAAGUGUCGAUUUGUGGACAGAGGCCGGAGAUGGAAGAUGCUGUUGUGGCAGUGCCUCAUUUUUAUGAAAUCCCAUUGUGGAUGCUCAUUGGUAGUAAAAUCAUAGAUGGCCUUAAUUCAAGCUUAUUUUGCUUGCCAGCCCAUUUCUUUGGCGUCUAUGAUGGCCAUGGUGGUGCCCAGGUCGCUAAUUAUUGCCGUGAUCGAAUCCAUCAUGUGCUAAAAGAGCAGUUAAGGAAUUGUGGUAGAGAUCUGGGAAGCAAUAUUUGUGAUGAUUGGAAGAAGCAUUGGGAGAGAGCCUUCAUAAACUGCUUUCAACGAGUUGAUGAUGAGGUCAGAGGGAAAGUAAGCAAACAGGAUUUGAGAAUCACAGAUGACAAAUCUGAGGAGCAUGAAAAAUGUUCUGAUGUGCCAUUAGAACCUAUUGCCCCAGAGACCGUGGGAUCUACAGCAGUUGUUGCUGUUAUUUGUUCAUCGCACAUCAUCAUUGCAAACUGUGGGGACUCAAGGGCCGUUCUUUGUCGUGGCAAGCAACCUGUGCCUCUGUCAGUUGAUCACAAACCAAACAGGGAAGAUGAGUGUGCAAGGAUUGAGGCACAAGGAGGCAAGGUCAUACAAUGGAAUGGAUAUCGUGUGUUCGGUGUUCUUGCUAUGUCACGGUCAAUCGGGGACCAGUACUUAAAACCAUGGAUAAUUCCAGUACCAGAAGUCACAAUGGUUCCACGAGGUAGAGAGGACGAUUGCCUUAUUCUAGCCACUGAUGGUCUGUGGGAUGUGAUAUCAAAUGAAGAGGUAUGUGAUUUAGCCCGAAGGCGGAUCCUGCUGUGGCACAAAAAGAAUGGUCUUGUAUCAUCAUCAGUCAACCACAGAGGUAAGGAAGCUGAUCCCGCAGCUCAAGCCGCUGCGGAUUGCCUCUCAAAACUUGCCUUCCAAAGGGGAAGAAGCAAGGACAACAUCACAGUCAUCAUGGUGGAUCUAAAAGCACAAAGGAAGGUUAAGACCGAGACUUUCUGACUAUAAACUAAUUAUGAAAGUGAUCAUUUAUAACCAUAAGUACGUACAUUGCUUUGGUUGGCCCAUUUGUUUUUUCUUUUUUUGGGCUUACAGGGGCUGUACUCUAUAUUACACGACGAUAUCUUUCUAGGGCUCUCUAGAAUCUUGUAAUUUUAUUUUUCUUGAGCUAAGCCAUGUGUUGGCAUUGUAACUGAGCUAAUGUAGUUCUUAAAAUGACUGGUCCAUACUGUAAUCGGAGGAAUGCAUUUAUCCGCUAGAUCACUUUUGAUUG